AUGGGCUACAGAAACACUCACCGGCUCAAAACCGGUGCGUAUCAGGUCUUCGUCGGCAGCAGAUGUAGUGAUCCACAUAGAUGCCGGAUACCGCGGUUGAGGGUGCACUACCAUGAGGACUACGAUGCAUGUACCUCAGAAGAUGAUAUAGCAGUCCUCGAACUAACUAAAAACGUUCCCCGUCACUGGGCUACACCCAUAUGUUUACCGGAUAGAGAAGAGACGAUUUCUGACGACCUUAAAGCCGCAGGAUCUGGAUGGAGAGUAUGUCAAAUCACUUCACUGUUCCACUUUGAUACAGAGGCAAAUGUACAGAAAAAGGGGGUCGAAAUGCACGAUCUAAGUACAGAAAAGUUUCGUGCCAAUGAGACUGCUGACUAA